AUGCGGUUAUCCUGCUACCUGGUAUUUUGUGUCCUUCUGGUCCCCAGUUUACAACAAGAGAAUGAGGAGCCCAACACUUUCACGGAAUGCACAGAUGGCUAUGAGUGGGAUUCAGAGAGACAGCAUUGUAAAGAUAUCAACGAGUGUUUGACAAUCCCUGAUGCCUGCAAGGGUGAAAUGAAGUGCAUCAAUCAUUAUGGUGGUUACCUAUGCCUUCCUCGUUCUGCCUCUGUAAUUAGUGACUCCCACCCUGAUCCUGGACCUGCUGGAAACCCUCAUGGUGGUGCUGGAACUGAUCAAAGAAACAACCCUUGUCCAAAUGGGUACCAGCCUGAUUCACAAGGACUGGGUACCUGUGUAGAUGUAGAUGAGUGUGCCCAUGAAAUUGACGACUGCCUGCCGAGCCAGGAAUGUGUAAACAUACCCGGUGGCUUCCACUGUAAAUGUCCAGAUGGCUAUAGGAAGAUUGGAAACGAGUGUGUAGACAUUGACGAGUGCAGAUACAGAUAUUGUCAACAUCGCUGUGUUAAUUCUCCUGGAUCGUUCACCUGUCAGUGCGAGCCAGGAUUUCAGCUGGCAUCUAAUAAUCGCUCAUGUGUAGAUGUCAAUGAAUGCUCAAUGGGCGCACCAUGCCAACAGCGCUGCUACAACACCUAUGGCACCUUUCUCUGUCGCUGUAAUCAAGGCUAUGAACUGGAUCAAGAUGGUUAUAGCUGCAAUGAUAUUGAUGAAUGCAGCUACUCCAGCUACAUAUGCCAGCAUCAGUGUGUGAACGAGCCUGGACGGUUUUCCUGCAUUUGCCCGGAGGGAUACAAUUUGCUGGGCACCCGCCUCUGCCAAGAUAUCAAUGAAUGCGAGACCGGAGCCCAUACCUGCACUGAGCAACAGAGCUGCGUCAACUUCCAUGGGGGUUACCGUUGUGUAGAAAAGAAUCUCUGCAUAGAACCAUAUAUUCAAGUGUCUGACAACCGAUGUAUGUGCUCAAGCAGUAACCCCCUGUGCCGUGAUGAACCUGGUUCUGUGGUAUAUAGGUACAUGAGCAUCACGUCAGACCGCAGUGUGCCCUCAGAUAUAUUCCAGAUCCAAGCCACCAGUGUCUACCCUCGGGCUUACAACACCUUCCAGAUACGAUCAGGAAAUGAGCAGGGAGAUUUUUACAUCAGGCAAAUAAACAAUAUUAGUGCGAUGCUUGUACUGGCACGUCCUAUUACCGGCCCCCAAGAGUAUGUUCUGGAUCUGGAAAUGCUGACCACCAACUCCCUACUGAGCUAUCGUUCCAGCUCUGUACUCAGACUCACUAUAUUCGUUGGGGCACAUCCUUCUAGAACAAGUCACUGCAUUAUCUAUUGGGCUAUAAAACUUUUCUCUUGGUAA